UGUCUGUGAGCUAGUUCUUCCACUCUCACACAAAACAUCCUCCUGUCUCUGCAGGACGCCCCUGAGUGUGUGAGAGAGACAGUGUGUCCAACUUUCUGUGCUAGAGCUGUAAUUAAUUUCAUGAAGAACAAGCCUCAUUAAAUUUCUCGUCUUCAUCUCACCGGAAAGAAAACAUGACAGACACAAAUACCAACAUGCGGCUGAAACUGCCGAUCACCUGCUUCAUCCUGGAGAUCAUCCUCAUCAUCCUCUUUGGGGUGCUGGUGGAGUAUGACAAAGAGACAGACGCAAAGAAGUGGCACAAUUCGAGCCACAGUGAAUAUGACAACGAUUUCUACUACCGCUACCCAAGUUUCCAGGAUGUACACGUAAUGAUCUUCAUUGGUUUCGGUUUCCUCAUGACUUUCCUCCAGCGUUAUGGCUUCAGCAGUGUUGGUUUCAAUUUCCUGAUUGCAGCUUUAGCCUUACAGUGGGCCACACUUAUGCAGGGUUUCUUCCAUGGUAUGCAUGGAGGCAAAAUCCACGUUGGAGUGGAGAGUAUGAUCAAUGCUGAUUUCUGCACCGGCUCUGUGCUGAUCUCAUUUGGAGCUGUUCUGGGUAAAACAAGUCCAGUCCAGUUGCUUGUUAUGGCUGUGUUUGAGGUCACACUGUUUGCAGUCAAUGAGUUCAUCCUGCUGAGCCUUCUUGGAACCAGAGACGCUGGUGGCUCCAUGACCAUUCACACAUUUGGAGCCUACUUUGGCCUGAUGGUGACUCGAGUCUUGUACCGACCCAACCUGGACAAGAGCAAACACAAGAACAGCUCAGUCUACCACUCUGAUAUGUUUGCUAUGAUCGGUACUCUCUACCUGUGGAUGUUCUGGCCCAGCUUUAACUCUGCCAUCACUGAGCAUGGAGACGAUCAGCAUCGUACAGCAUUGAACACCUACUACUCCCUGGCAGCCUGCACUCUGUCUACUUAUGCCAUGUCUGCCCUCACAGCUCAUGAUGGCAAACUGGACAUGGUCCACAUUCAAAACGCUGCCCUGGCCGGUGGAGUGGCAGCAGGAACAGCUGGAGAAAUGAUGCUGACUCCUUUUGGCUCCAUGAUUGUCGGUUUCGUGGCUGGUAUCAUCUCUGUUCUGGGCUACAAAUACCUCUCACCCAUCCUGGAGAGCAAGCUGAAGAUCCAAGACACCUGUGGGGUUCACAACCUACACGGUAUGCCCGGUGUUAUGGGCGCUAUUGUGGGAGCAGUCACUGCUUCUCUAGCUACCACGGAGAUUUAUGGCGACGGUAUGGAAGACGUGUUCCCUGACGUGGCAGAUAAUACGAGAAGCGCAUCUUCCCAAGGCGGGAUUCAGGCCAUCUCCCUUGCUGUCACUUUAGGCAUGGCCCUGGUGGGAGGGCUUCUUGUUGGUUUCAUUAUGAAGCUGCCCAUCUAUGGAGCUCCUUCUGACGCCUCGUGUUUUGAGGAUAGCAUCUACUGGGAAGUACCUGGGGACGAGGGAAGUCAUGAGGCCCAGUUGACCACUGUGAGGACAGAAGAGUUUGCAAAGCCAGAGGAGACUGAGAAGCUCAACUAGACACAAAAAGACACAGAAAGACAGAACCAGGCACACACACACUGUGAGAUUAUAGCAACCUAGACCCUUCUAAGAAAAUAUAUAAAGCUACCUAUAUUGUACUAAUGUUAAUGUAAAUUUGCCAAAAUGUGCUGUUUUAGAAGCCUUUACAAUUUUAUUCACAUCUUUGCUUUUCAAAAUGAAAAAAUCCCCAAAAAACUGAAACUAAAAAGAACAUAAGUGUCCAUUUAAUAUGUUCUAGACAGUUUCAACCACUAGAUGUCGAUCUAGAGCUCCAUCACUCUGCUACUGGCCUGCGGAAAGGCUGCAUUUCCAAAUGAGGUGUCCAUUUGAUGAAAGGUGCUUUGUAAUUGUUUCCUAAAGCAAGGUAUUGUUACAAAAUACAAGUUUUACAGACAAUUCAAACCAAAGACGUACAUCUAAUAAAAAAUACCUUCAGAACAUUACAUAUUACAAAUAUUAUUCUUCAGCCAAUAUGUUGUUUUUUAUAGUUAUGCACAUCUAUUUGGUUAGUAUGACACACAUUUUAACAUUUACGAGACUGACCUAAGGAAGGUUACAUCUGAAGUUAAAUAAUUUUGAAAGACAAUAUCGUAAUAUUUUUGG